AUGGAUUCAGUAGCUAACGAUAAGUACGGUGAUGAGCCUAACAAUGCUUAUCAAUCUCGGUGGUCGGUCAACGAGCUUAGAGAGCGACAAACGAAUAUUUCUGUAUUUUCUCGCAUAUGUGAGGAAUAUACUGAUGCUGAGCAUUUUUUUGAAUUUACUCGUAAGACAGCUUCAAUCUUACUUCAAACGAAAGUUGCAUCAUUUGUAUUUGCUGUAUCUCUUAUUUUACCAUUGAUGAUGAUUGGUGUUGGUAUAUCAAAUUUAGAAGAAUGUCCAUUAAAUCGAAAUAUUCCUGUUUUUGUACUUGUUGGAGGUGCAAUAGCUUCUCUUAAAUUACUUCAAGUACUUUGGAAACAAUAUAAUCGUCGUCGUGAACCAGCUGAAGAAGAAGCAACUGAUACUCAUAAUGGAUCGGUAUGGUUAAGUUUAGAGAAAAAGAAAUAUAUUUAA